AUGUUCAUCUUGGCCAGGGACGUGUGCAUGAGACAAGCUCAAGCUGACAUAACUGUUGGAUCUUCUCUAACUGCCGUGAAUGGCAACUCUUCAUGGCUUUCUCCUUCUGGAGACUUCGCUUUCGGCUUUCGAUCAUUGUCCAACGGUAACAACGCCAAGGAUGAGCGACUCUUCUUGCUUUCCAUUUGGUACAACAAGAUACCUUCGAAAACCGUCGUCUGGUUUGCGAAUGGAGAUCGUCCUGCACCUGAAAAUUCGAAACUAGCGCUCACUUCCAACCUGGGGCUCGUCCUCACCGAUCCUCAAGGCGAGGAAUUGUGGAAAUCGGAGAGCAUUCUCGGUGAUGCCUCACGCGCCAUUUUCAAUGACACGGGCAAUUUUGUGAUUCUUGAUUCGAAAUCGGAGAAACUAUGGCAGAGCUUCGAAGACCCCCGCGAUACGUUGCUCCCUUCGCAGACGCUGGGGAAGAAUGAACUCCUUGCCUCUCGUCGAUCAGAGGAAAUCUUCUCCAGAGGGAAAUUCCAGCUUCGGAUGCUCGACAGGGGAGACCUCGUGCUCAACACCAUAAACCUGCCUUCCAAUCAUGCUAACGAGGAGUACAACAUCACCAAAACUGCUGGUGAUUCGAACAGAUCGGCCUCGUCGGGGAAAGAACUUGUGUUUGGUGACUCGGGAUCUCUGUUUGUUUUGAAGGAAAAUGGCGAGGAAGUUUACCUCUCACAGGCGAAGGUGCCUUCGGCGUCGGAUUUUUAUCUCCGAGUGACGUUGGACUUCGAUGGGGUUUUGACACAGUAUGUGCACCCCAGGAACUCAAAUACUGACGGAAACUGGAGCAUCCUCUGGACCCAACCCGACAACAUAUGCUCAGCCAUUGUUUCUAGAAAUGGCAUCGGAGUUUGUGGGUACAAUAGCAUUUGCACUCUCGGAGAAAAUAACAGGCCGAACUGUAGAUGCCCCGACCGAUACACCUUGGUCGAUCCCAGUGAUGAGCAUGGUAAUUGCGUACCGAACUUCACUUUGAGUUCUUGUUUGGAAGAUGAGGAUAAGCGGAACCAUGGUUCGGCCGAGGACAUCUACGCUUUCGUGGAGCUUAAGAAUACGGCUUUUCCACCGGCCGGUUAUGAGAUGUUGGCGCCUUUCUCUGAGGAUGAAUGCAGAAACUCGUGCUUGCACGACUGCAUGUGUGCGGCGGCUGUUUACAGAGAUGGCGUGAAUUGCUGGAAGAAGAGGCUCCCUCUCUCCAAUGGGAGAGUCGACCCCCAGUUUAAUGGGAAGGCCAUGAUCAAAGUCCCGAUAAGCGACCUCCCUCUACCUCCCACGAACGAUUCCAAAUUCCCAAUCCCAGAGCUGAAGGUGAAAGAGAAAAAUCCCAGGACUUGGAUUUUGGCAGGAUCAUUGCUUUUGGGAACUUCUGUUUUAGUCAACAUCCUCUUCAUUGGUGCGAGAACUCUCGGUUUUUGCGUCAUCUACCGCAAUAAGCCUGAGAAAAUAAACCUUAGAGAAAAUCUAGUGGAGACGAAUUUGCGGUGUUUCACUUACCAGGAGCUCUUCAAAGCCACGGAUGGCUUCAAGGAAGAGCUAGGGAGGGGAGCCUUCGGGAUUGUUUAUAAAGGGUUUAUUCCUAGUGAUGUAGCAGUUGCUGUGAAGAAGCUGACUAACGUAUUUCAGGACAAGGAGAAGGAAUUCAGAACCGAAAUGAAUGUGAUCGGUCAGACCCAUCACAAGAAUCUGGUCAGGCUACUCGGCUUCUGCGAUGAAGGGCAAGAGAGGUUGCUGGUUUACGAGUUCUUGAGCAACGGCACGCUGUGGAGCCUUCUCUUUACUGGUGAAUCCAGACCCAGUUGGAACCAAAGAUGCCAAAUCGCUUCAGCAAUUGCCAGAGGACUGCUCUACUUGCAUGAAGAGUGCACCAUGCAGAUCAUCCACUGCGACAUCAAGCCACGGAACAUCCUCCUCGACGAGUACUACAACGCGAGGAUCUCCGAUUUCGGAUUGGCCAAGCUCCUGAAGAUGGACCAGAGCUAUACUCUCACAAACAUCAGAGGAACAAGAGGGUAUGUCGCUCCUGAAUGGUUCAGGAGAUUGCCGAUCACCGCGAAAGUAGAUGUUUAUAGCUAUGGGGUGUUGCUGCUGGAGAUAAUAUGUUGUAGGAGUUGUUUGGGGGGCGAACUGGGUGGAGAAAGAGAGAGAGAGCUCUUGACUGAUUGGGCUUACGAUUGCUUUAUGGAUGGAAAAUUGGAUGCUCUCGUGGAAGGUGACAUCGAAGCUUUGAGUGAGAGGGAGAAGCUGAAGAAUUUGGCGAUGGUUGCGUUUUGGUGCGUACAAGAGGACCCGUCAUUGAGGCCAACUAUGAAGAAGGUGACUCAGAUGCUGGACGGAACAGUGGAAGUGCCGGUCCCUCCAUGUCCAUUCGCUUUUAGUAGCUGCACCACCAUCAUUCCUAAAUGAGAGCUGAGCUUCAAGCUAUGAACUUUAAUCUACUUAUGCUAUGAUGGGCAUACCAUACUCCACCGCUUGUUUUGCAGCUUGAAGUGUUUGUCUUCUUUGCAGUGUAUUGACUCUAAAACGUGCAACACAGUGAUGCAAGUUCUUUUUCAAA